GCCACACGUCAUCCCUAGUCCGUAGUCAGCUACUCUCAUGUCCCUUCCGGAUCUCCUCCGACCGUCAUUUAUUGCCGUCGCGGAACCCUAACGAUUAACGCCAGUAACUCUCUCCCAGUAUCGGGAAAAAAAACCCCUCUCAAAGAAAAGAACCUACGCUAUUUCUUAUACUUCUCCUCGCCAUUGGAUGCUUGACAAUUCCCAUCGCGGCAUUGGGCAUCGUAGUGCUUCUUUUUUUCCCACCCACCGGCGCAGUUUCUCGCCUCUCUUGGUAAAAUAGCAACCGGAAAAGCAAGAUAUCCGGUUAUUAUUACGUGACCUUCGUGUUUGACUGUCAAUCGAUUUCUGACCUAGAUUGAAUUGAAUUUAAUAUGCGGUGUGCUUGAGUUAGGCUCGUUUCGAUUAUUCCUUUUUACACUGUUCCUUGUUAGAAUUGGAGAAUGGAGAUGCCUUGAACUUUCAAUUGUCUCAGAAAAAAGAGAGAGCUAGUUGAUCGAACGAACGUCGAAUAUCUUCCGCUCUAUUUCGCUCCUCAGGUCUUCUUCUGACCAAGUAGCAUAGUUAUAAGACUGAGGUUGCCAAUAAUGGAUAGAGAACUAGAGAAUCGGAAUGAAAAAGCUGAUGAUUUUGUACAAUCCCCCUCGAAUUCACGGUCGGCUGAUGAGAACUAUGAGGAAAUUGAAGAUGCUGAGGGAACCUUCCCACCGUCACAGAUAGACGAACGGGACGAUGAGGAAGCUGAAUUUCUGGCAGAAAGCUCGUCUCAGUUUCAUUCAGGUGCUGGCGAGAUGAUUGAGGAAGGUGAAAAUCUUGUGGAGGAAUCGCCUGAACCUCAAAUAAACGAAGAAGCUGAAGUUGUUGUGGAAGCAUUGAGCAAAGUAGUUGGCACUUCGAAAAGGUCUUCUAAGUCGUUGGGGACUAAACCUAAAGAUGUGGAGAAAUCCCCCGCUGGCAACUCAUUGAAGAGAUGCAGUCCUGUAGGCACUGCUGAAGUUGCCAUGGAAUCGACCACCAAGCUCAAUUCAGGUGACGACCAGAUGAUUGAUGAAGGCAAGAACCCUGUUGUUGAAGAAAGUAAUAAAUCUCAAACAGAUCAGGAGAAGAGUGACGAAGCUGAGGAUCCUAUGGAUUCAUCAGAUAAAGCAGAGACCCCCAAAAGGAUUGCCAAGCCACUGCAGGCGAGAUCUAAAGUUGCCAAAAAAUCUCCUGCUGGCAACUCAGCGAAGAAAAGCAACAUGAUAGGCGUUGCUGAGAUUCUUAUAGACCCCUCCACUGAGCUCAAUUCAGCUGAUGACCAGAUGAUUGAUGAAGGUGAAAAGCUACUGAUAGAAACCGUUAAACCUCGAACAGACGAGAAAAAAACUGAGGAAGCUGAGGACUUUGUGGAAGGAUCAGAUAAAGCAGACACAUCUGGGAGGACUCCAAACUCAUUGCAGGCUAGACCUAAAAUUGCCAACAAAGCUUCUGCAGCGAAGGUAAAAUGUGCAGCAGGUACUGCUGCAACAGGUAACAAACAACUGAAAGGGAAAAUUAUAAAGAAGAAGGCUCUGCGAGUGGGCAAUAAAUUAAGUGCUCGAUCUGAAAAUGGAGUUGUGAUGGGUUUAGCUGCUGCUGAGAAUGUACAGAAGAAGGAUAUUGUUGCUGAUAUAGAGCCCGGUGAGAAGGACCAUGUCAAGACCCCAGCGAAUGAACUGAUAGUUGGCGAAUCAAGUAAGAGUCAAGAGGACCAAAAGAAUAAUGGGAAUCAAACAGGUACCACUAGGAUAAGGGUUCGUAACCGGAAGAAUAAGCGAAAAAUCGAUGGAGGGGCAGUGAAUCAAAAUGUUGAGAAGAAGAAAAAAAUUGAUACAAGCGACAACGUCCACCAAGAUGAGAAUAAGAGGAAGAAUGUGCUUGGGGUUGACGACAAGAGCCCAAAAGAUGAGAAGAGGAAAGGAAAGAAUAUUGCAAACGAUAAUAAGAGCAAUCAGGAUGAGAAGGAGGAAAUCGAUCACAAGAAAAGUGCCCAAAAUAUGAAGAAUGAGAGACUUGGUGGUUUAAUCUUUAUGUGUAGCUCAAAAACCAGGCCUGAUGUUUUCAAUUAUGGUGUCAUGGGCGAGACUAUUGGCAAGAAGGAAAUUGUUCGGAAUAUUAAGCCUGGUCUUAAGCUUUUUCUCUAUGAUUUUGAGCGCCGAGUUAUGCAUGGGAUUUAUGAGGCUUCAUCUUCUGGUGGGAUUAAACUAGAGCCCAAGGCGUUCGGUGGCUCAUUCCCAGCCCAGGUGAUAGUAUUAUCACCUUUAUAUACCGAUCUAUGUCUACAUUUUAGUCAUCUAUAUAGUUUCUUCUUACUGACAUUAUCUGCAAAUCCAGGUGCGGUUCAGGAUCUACAAAGAGUGCAGCCCUCUUCCCGAGUCCACCUUUAAGAAGGCUAUCAAGGAAAACUACAAUAAGAAGAACAAGUUCGAUAUAAAGCUUACAGUUCGACAAGUCAGGAAGUUAAUCACACUCUUCCGACCAGCUGCCUCCUCACUUCCGCAGACAAAGCCACUGCCUGCCCACCCUGCCCAGGCAGCUGCUCGGGAUAGGGAGCCUCCUCGCUCAGGUAGAAGAGAUCGUUCGGAAAGGGAUGCAUUUGCUAAACCGAGAGAUAGGUCUCACAGGCGGGACCCAGCAACUAAACUUAAAGAAAACAGGAGUUGGCAGCACCCACCUGCUCGACGACGACACGAAAGGGAUCUUCCUAUUAGGUCCAGGGAGCUAUUGGCGUCACCAGUACAGAGAAGGGACCCACCACCGGCACGAGAACGUGAUCUGUACAUGAGUGAAAGGGAGUACCGAACUUAUGGGCUUCAAUCAGACCAAAGAAACUUGUCUCCUAUGCUUCGCCGCAGUUUAGAUCGUGAAAGGGAAUGUGAAAGAGAACGGCUUGUCCGGCAGGCUGAGUCGCCCAUUUACCGUGAUCCCUUACGGGUUGAACCGUUGUACUACACUCAUCAUCAGCAAGUGGGUGAUCCUUAUAUCCCAAGUGCUCGAGGAGGGGAAUUGCACUAUGGACCUUCUUCUUCCGUAGCUGCAACCGCAUCUAUUCCAACCUCUGGUUUGGAUUCUUAUGUAAGAGAUUCAUACUACUCAGUGGCCUACGAUUAUGGUACUGGCACUCUGUCUUCUUACUUGCCAAGUCUGAGGAGGGAUGUUGGUUCGGGUUACUCUUCAUACCUACCAGUCGGGAGGGAACCUGAGCGACUUGACCUGUUGCGCUCUGGUUAUGCAACGACUUUGGACAGGUUAUCUUCUUACGAUGAUCCGAGAUACUACUCAGAGGCUAGUGCGGAAGCUGCUCCAGCUACUGCGCCAGUUUCAUCACGAUACUCAUUCGCCGGGCCAUCAUCUUACAGCUAUCGAUGAGUUGCUGCUAAGGUUUGAGCCUUUGAGCCGUGUUAUACCUCUCUUUCCUGCCUACUCUUGGUUGUUUUCAUAUUGGCACUUUUGCGCAUCUGCAGAAUGUUCUUUAUUUAUUUAUAGGCGGGCUUAUGAAUCAUGAAGGUAAUAAUUUGUAGCUCCUUUGAUCCGGUCGUGUAUGCAUUUGAUUGGAGUUUUUUAUGGCGCAAAUCCGUUUAUGUGUAACAAAACAAAAGGCAGUCUUUUCUUUUAUUUAAUUUUUUUUCUUUGACAAGCAAAGAUGAAUGCAUGUAACAGAAGGCAGCCUUUUCUUGUAUCGAUUCAUCAAGUUAGGCCUUUGAAAA